AUGUUCAGGAAAAGAAAAGUUGAUACAGAUGGAAGAAUGUUUCAAGAAAGAUGGGAAGGCGAAUACUUGUUUGUGCUUCAAGGAGAAAGACCGGUAUGUCUUUUGUGUUACGAGGCGUUGGCGGUUGUCAAAGAGUACAAUCUGCAGCGGCAUUUUGACACCAAACACGGAGCUAAGUACGCCAAAGCUAGCCUUCAAGAAAAGCAACAAAUUGCCCAAGAAUUAAAAGGCAAACUGCGGUCACAGCAGAGUUUGUUCUCGAAAUACACCGCCAAAAAUAAUGCGGCAGUGAAAGCUAGCAUUAUUGUGGCGUUUUUGAAGCAGUGCAUGCUGAAGGUCUGUGAGCAGGUGUGUCCCGACCAGUUACAGACUUUUAAAAAUGUCAGUUUAUCAAGAAAUACCAUCGCGGACCGAGUUAAGGAACUAGCAGAUAAUCUUGCAAUACAGCUGGCCGAUGAGACACGCAGCUACACAGCUUUUUCAUUAGCUGUUGAUGAAAGCACAGAUAACACGGAUACAGCACAGUUAUCAAUUUUUAUUAGAGGCGUGAAGUCAGAUCUUUCUAUCACUGAGGACCUAUUGGAUGUGGCUGCAAUGCAUGGGACCACGACGGGACAGGACAUUUUUGAUGCGGUGGAGAAGUAUCUAACUAAAAAUGCAUUGCCCUGGAAAAACUUGGUGGGAUUAACUACAGACGAUGCACCGGCAAUGUGUGGAGGAAAAGUGGGCUUGGUUGGAUUAAUGGAGGGGAAAAUGCAAAACUGUCACACGCCUCUGAUAAUGUAUCAUUGCAUUAUCCAUCAAGAAGCUUUGUGUUUGAAGGUGCUGGGGAUGGAUGACAUUGUGACCACAGUCAUGAAAACAGUGAACUUCAUUCGGGCGCGUGGCCUGAAUCACUGUCAGUUCCAGCUGUUUUUGCUGGAGAUGAGCUCAGAGCACGGGGACGUGCCGUACCAUACAGAAGUGCGGUGGCUGAGUAGGAGCAAAGUCCUUAGGCGAUUUUUUGAGCUCAGGAAAGACAUUGCUCUUUUUAUGCAGAGUAAAGGAAAACCCUUGUCUGAACUGUCAGAUCCAAAGUGGCUGUGGGACUUUGCUGUGUUGUGUGACAUAACCGAGCAUCUCGCCCAACUGAAUCAGAAGCUGCAGGGACACAAACAAGUCAUCACGCAGAUGUCUGAUAUGAUCACGGCUUUCCACCGUAAACUGGACCUAUGGAUGUGCCAGGUGAAACAGGACAAUCUUGUCCACUUUCCUGUUUGUCAGAGCAUGUCAGCCUCAUUUCCGUUAACUUUUUCAUGUGCUCAGUUGGCUACCAAACUGAGCCGGUUAAAGACUGAGUUUGAUCGGCGCUUCUCUGACUUCAGAGCACAGCAGUCUGGCUUUGGCAUCUUUGCUAAUCCUUUCACCAUCGACGUCUGCGCUGCACCCCAACAUUAACUUCAGAUGGAGUUAAUUGAGCUUCAAAGCGACAGUGGUCAGAGAGCAAAGUUCCAGGAUGCUGCAAUCCAGGACUUUUACCGUCUGCUGCCCCCUGGUUUGAUGCCACAGCUUCGACUUCAUGCUGCCUGUGUUCUGUCCAUGUUUGGGAGCACCUAUCUGUGCGAACAGAUGUUUUCCAUAAUGAAUCUGAACAAAAACCAGCACAGAUCACGUCUCACUGAUGACAACCUCCAUGCUGUUCUACGGAUUGCCUCUGCACAGGACUUAAAACCAGACAUUGACACACUGGCAGCGGGAAAACGGUGUCAGACAUCUGGUCAGAAAACACACAGAACAUGAUCAAUGGAUGGUAGAGAGGGGAUCCACUUGGUGUGUUCAAGAACAGGCAGCAUCUCCUCAUCAAAAACUAACCUAAAAACUUGACCAAUAUAGUUGUGAACUGAAUCAACCUUUAUUUUGUAAUAAUUUUUAGUUGAUUACAUAUUAUUUAUGUGUAGGUGCUGUUGCAAUUAUUUAGUGUUUACAGGUUUUAUGUGUGUAUGCAGACAAAUUAUUGUAAUCAAACCAUCAAUUGGAUGCAAGGCUGUAUGCAGCCUUUUUUUUUUUGUAAAAUGCUACAUCUGUUAUACAUGUUAUACAUGCAGUUAACAAUUGUUGAUUUUACAGUAAUUAAGCCCAUUUUAACUUUGACAGAAACGUUUUG